AUGGAGGCGAAAGGGAUCGAAGCGAAUGUCGUCACCUACAACUCUCUCAUAAGCAGCUUCUGUAAAGCCGGAAGAUGGGACGAUGGAGCGCAGUUGUUGAAGGAUAUGAUCACAAGGGGAAUCGCCUCGGACGUUGUUAUUUUCAAUGCAUUGAUCGAUUGUUUGGUGAAAGAGAGGAAACUUAAGGAGGCUGAAGAACUGUACAAUGAGAUGAUCACAAGGGGCAUAGAUCCUGACACCAUUACAUAUAACUCUUUGAUAGAUGGGUUGUGCAUUGAAAACCGCUUAGAUGAAGCCAACCAGAUGAUGGAUGUGAUGGUUAGCAAGGGGUGCGAACCGAGUAUUGUGACUUAUGGAGUUAUGGUAGUCAUUGUAAACAUUCUCAUCCAAGGGUUUUGUCAAGAGGGAAAACUUAAUGUCGCCAAAGAACUCUUCCAAGAGAUGGUUUCUGAAGGUGCUCGUCCUGAUACUGUGACUUAUGGUAUUUUGUUGGAUGGAUUGUGUGACAAUGGAGAGCUAGAAGAGGCUUUAGAAAUACUUGACAAAAUGCACACGAGUAAGAUGGAUCCUGGUAUCGGCGUCUAUAAUAUCAUCAUUCACGGGAUGUGCAAUGCAAGGAAAGUCGAUGAUGCUUGGGAUCUAUUCUCUAGCCUUCUCCCUCUCAAAGGAGUGAAGGCUGAUGUCAAAACGUAUACCAUAAUGAUUGCAGGACUGUGUAAGAAAGGCUCACUGUCUGAAGCGGAUAUGUUGUUUAAAAAGAUGGGAGAGGAGGAUGGGAUUGCGCCAAAUGAGUGUACAUACAACACACUGAUCCGAGCUCAUCUCGGAGGUAGUGGUGUAGUCGCUUCAGUUGAACUCAUAGAAGAAAUGAAGAGGUGUGGGUUUGCUGCAGAUGGUUCCACCAUGAAGAUGGUUAUUGAUAUGUUAUCUGAUGGUAGAUUGAACAAAAGCUUCUGGAGUAUGCUUUCUUGA